CUAACAUAGGCCAUCAAGCCCGCUCUCCUUUUAAAGUGAAACUGAACUUGAACCCCAGACUAUACCAUAUACAAACCGUCAAAUAACUAGCGAAUUAACUAAAAUUAAUGCAGUCAAGUGACUAGAAUAAUGCUCAUUAUAUAUUAACAAAUACCUGUAACCUUAGCGGAGUGACAAGGAAGGAUCUCAAAUACAUCAAUCACUUCAUACAUGCUCGUCCAACAGUUACUUAAUAUAUUAGACGUUGUUGUUGUGCGCGUUGCUUGAUAUUAGAGUAUAAUCGACCAAUAUACAGAAAAUUUGGUUUGUUUUUGCCCCAAGUUCCUUCCUUGUAUCUCAUGGCCAUGACAGUCUUGUGAUAAUCAAAUGGAAUGGAUAAUGUACCAUGUUGCUAUUGUGCCUAUGAAGUGCCUUUCCAUGGAGUUUCUUCAGAACAUCCCACAGGUCACUUGCUAACUGCUGUUAGAAAUUCAGGGGAGAAGCAAUUGGUUGGAAAACCUUUGGAUAAAAUUCUUCGACUUGGAUGUUUUGAAGUUGUACACAAUAAAUUAACAUUGUAUGGAAUUCUGGGUUUAUCAAAUUGGGAAAUCUUAUUUGUACCAUGUAUUAAUCUUGGACAAGUAAAUAGGGAGGAAAUUAAUUCUACUCGUCAAUUGUUAUCUCAAACACUGCAUCGUACAGAGCCUUAUUUCUAUCAUUCAUGGAUUUCUAACCGUCCUGGAUGUAUAGGUUUAGGUAAAAUUGAUUGUUUACUUAUACAAGAUCGACAUGAUCGUAUAUAUAAAUUUGAUCCAAUACAGAAUCUAUGGUUACGUUCAGUGAAUGGUUCCAAAUUAAAUUUUAAAAAGUGUUGGUUAAAUGAAAGUAAGAAAUUACCACCACAUACACCAUCACGUUUAUUCAUAUUAACAACAGAUUUUGAAGUGUACAAUUUUCAAUUAUGUUAUGACAAUUUGAAAUUAAUUAAAAUCUCUUUAUUAACUUCAAAAGAAUCGAAUACAUUACGAAAGAAUAUAAAAAGUAAUAUAAAUUUAUUUAUAAAUUCAUUAACAAAAAGAAUUUCACAUAUUCGUAGAUCUACAGGUUAUUUAUUAGCUAAUGAAUAUGCAAUUCAUAAUUUGGAAACAUUAUUAAUUGUUAAACAAAAUACAAAUUUUAGUUCUUAUAAAAGAUCUAAUGUAAAUAUUAAUGAAAGUAAUCGGAAUAACAAUGAAUAUGAUUUUUCAGUCAAAUUUACUCCAAUUAAUUCAUUGACAAGAUUAAAAACAACUUGGUAUCAUCGUUUAAAAGGGAAUUAUACAAUAAUUGAUAAUACAGAUUUUGCUUAUUGUCGUACAUUACCAUUGGAGAUACCUACAAUUGCAUUUAAAAUGUCUGUAAUCAUAUUUCGCGAUUAUUUUGAAGGACACCGAUUUCCAAUUUUAUCAUUUUAUUAUUCAAAUUCAUUAGUUCAUAGUAAAAAUUCCAAUGUAUACAAGAAUUAUCCACCUUAUUCAUUGACUACUACUACUACUAAUACUAAUACUACCACUACUUCCCCGGUUUCAAUGCCAUUAGUACCCCGAUUCGGUGUAUGGAUAUUAAGAUCUGGUAAUUUAUUAACAGAUAUUAAUAUUAAUCAACUUAUUGAUUGUAAUGAUCAAUUAUCCACAUCCAAUCAACAAAGAUUAUUUAUAAAACAUAUUAAAUUAUCAUUUAGUGAUCAUUUAAAUGAAUUAUUUAAAGAUAGAAAUAUUGCCAAAUCAACAGAACAAACUUUCCAAGAAUUUUAUAUUCCUUUCCAAGAAGAUUCUUUGAAAGACUUAUACUCUACUGAUGAUUAUCCGUCAAUGACAACAUCAGAUCAUCAUAAUUCUGAUAUUGCAAAGUCUUUAGAACAGAACGGUUUUAUUCCAUUUUCAUUUACAACAGAUAUAUAUAAAAUGAAUCAACAUUAUGAGAAUUGGUUAAUACCUAAGCAUAAUCAUAUUAAACAAUCAUGGUUACAAUUAAAAAAUCUUAUACAAUUACCACAAAUUUAUACACCAAAUGUCGAGAUUUUCAAUGAGUUUACAAAUACUAUUAAUAAUAGUAGUAGUACCAUGAAUAAUACUACUGAUUAUGAUUCUUCAGUAGUAGUUAGUGGUUAUCAAUCAUUGAAUAAUGUUGGAACUGCAACAACAACUAUUACUAAUACUACUACUAAUAGUAAUGAUAAUCUACUAUUUAUGAAUUGGGAUACAUUAUCUACUGAUUCAUUAAGUAGUGAUCGUGAAAAAAAAUAUUCUGGCAUAUUUUUAAGAUCAAAAUCAAAACAACAAAUGGAUCAUUUAAUGAUUAAUAAACGUUUAUCAACAAGAUCUGAUUGGCGUAAAUUUAGUUUUUCUAAUUUACUUAAAAGUGAUGAUGAUGAUCAUAAUAAUAACAGACAUAACAACGUCAUUCAUAAUACUACUACUACUACUACUACUACCACUAAUACUACUAAUAAUAAUAAAAGUAGUAGUACUAAUAAUAUACGUAAUAGUAUAAGUCAAUCAUUUAAUAGAAAUUAUCCAUAUUUAUAUUUAUUAAAUAAAAAGAAAUUAGAUCAUUUUGCAUUUCAAUAUAGUCCACAUAGAUCUGAUUGGUAUGAUUAUUUAUUAUCAACAAAUUGGUUAGAUUUAUUAUUAUUUACAUUAAAACAAGCAACACAAUUAAGUCAAUUAAUUAAUCAAUAUUCAAUAAAAUCAAUAAAUGAUUAUAAUGGAACAAUUAUAUUAUUAAGUGGACCAGAUAGUGGUCGAAAUUGGCAACCAAUUUUAUUGAGUCUUGUACAGAUAAUAUUAUCUGCAGAGAAUAGAACAAUUCUUGGAUUUGAAAAUUUAAUUGAACAAGAAUGGAUUCGUUAUGGUUAUCCAUUUGUCCCUGAUCCAAUUGAUUGGCAUGAUGAUUCAAUUAGUUGUGAUUAUGAUGAUGGUGUAUGUUUUGCAUUAUUCAUUGAUUGUGUUCAUCAAUUAUUGAUUCAAUUUCCUACAGAAUUUGCAUUUACAGAGGAUUAUUUGGUCUUGUUGUUAGACAGUGCAUUAAGUCGUGGUGGUGGAAUUCCACCAUUCAGUAUAGAAUUUUCAUGUUCAUGUGAAGCAGCAAGGCAUGUUAAAACAAAAUCUAUGACACAAGAACAAAUUAUUGAAAAAUCUAAUUAUUUUCAUAAUAUUGGUGCAUGGCGUUCAUUUCAUAAUUGGAAUGAUAUAUUAACUAAUAAUGGUUAUCAACUACUAUUUAAUUGGUUAUAUUAUUGGCAAUAUAAUUCAGAUCUUAUAAAUAAUACAUCAGAUUAUACUAAACUUAUACAAACUAUAGAUCAAUCUACACGACGAAUACUUACUCCAAUUCUAUCACCAUUAUAUUAUCCACGAUUUUGGAUUCAUGCAUGGUAUCGAUGGAAUCGUUCAACCCGUUUAACUAAUGGUGGUGGUUAUGCAUUCAAUGCUGCUUAUUGUAGAAAUUUACUAAGAUCAACUGUUAGCAAUGAUCAUCAUCAAUUAAUUAUACCUCGUACAAGUACUAGCCCUUAUACCGGUUGGUUAUCCGAUGAAUCUAUUCUGAAUGCUUUAAAUCAAAUUGUUUUACCAGCACCAUUGGAUAAUUUUUAUAAAACCUUGUAUGAAAUAGCAAAUUUAUGGGAUAAUGAAUACUGGGACACACAUCUUGUUGAUUGAUUAAAGAACGAUCAUAGAAUAUGUAAACCUACAUAUGUAUGAAUAAUCUCAUUCCCCUUUGCUACUAUUUUAUUUAUUUGUUCUCAGAUAAUGAUAAUAAUAGAAAACUGUUUGCCUUUUUUAUUUUUAAAAAACCGCCAAGCAAUCUCAUAAUUUUUGUUUUAAUUAUUUAUGACUUAAACAAAAGGGAUUAAUCCAGCAUUAUUGAUCUAAACCAGUUUUUAUUUACACAGUAACUUUCUUUUUGAUUUUUUUCAAUUUUGUACUCCUUUUUUUUAUUACUUAUUUACCAGUAAUUUAUUGACUUGUGUUUGUAAAUCUAAUUUUUUUUUAAUAAAAAUUGUAAUAGAUCAUUAUAAACAUUAUACUGACCAGUUGCAGUCCUAAAACAUCAA